CGAGACCGACAAGGCAUUGAGGGAAAAACGUGUCAUUUCCAAGUACAUACGACGACGAGUCACGGUGCACCCACCAUCCACACGCCAGUCGCCAUAGACAGACAUUCACCAGGCAGACAUCCAGCCAACCGUUGCAGACGCAGGCAGGGAGUGCUCAGCGCAUCCUUCCUGUGAAUGUGUGGAGAGAGUGCUGAGGGGCUUCACUCGAGUCCCAUGGCCAUGCUCAGCUCCUGACAGAAGGCCCAGUGGACGUACUCCGCCCGCAGGUGGCCCUGCCGCAGCCGGCGCACCGCCCGGGCGCCGACGUGGGCGCGCCGCAGCGUGGGGGGGACCUCGGCCAUCGGGAGGGCGGCGAACUGCUCGAAGGCCAUGGUCCCCACCGGCGGCAGCAUCCACACCAGCGGCGGGGGCAGGCUGGCCGCGGCGAAGGCCGGCGGGGGAAGUUGCACGUGAGGCCCAGCUGAGGGAAGGAUAACACACACAGAGAGAGGAGGGGAUGUGCGGCCGUCUGGCUGUGUGUCUGGGUGUGGGUGUGGGUGCGUACCAGGAGGCUGCAGGCCACGGAACUCCUUGGCGGCGCGGGACGCCUUCUCGGCCAGGGUGGCUUCCAACUUAUCAAACUCUGAAGCACCAGCCAGCGGCACACACCGCACAUGAGCAUUGGAGGAUGCGCGCAUCAAUCUCUCCCGCCCCGUGUGUGUCGACGGGCUGGCUGGGCGUGCUGUGCUUACCGGCGUGGAGCCGCCUGGUUUGCAGUUUGACGACGCGGCAGCGGAGGCCGAUGUACUCACGCCACUCGCGGCUGCUGGCUUGGGCGUGGAGCUCGAGAUGCUCCGCCUGCAGCGUCUGCACACACAGACACAGACAGAGAGGCAUGCCAGCAGUGGAUGCAUUAAUCGCCAUGAUAACUGGAUGGCAUGCAGCUGUGCAAUGCGACCCACAGACAUCCAUCCGCACGGCACUGCACGGCACUGCGCGUCAUGCAUUCCUGGCUGUGUGUGUGUGGAGGGCUGGGCUGCCUCACCUCCAACGGAAUGGUGUCCAACAACGCCUCCACCUCCUCGUCGCUUAUCGUCGGGUUGGCCUCGACGGCGGCCAUAAAACGGCGCAAAUGGGGUGCACACACGCUCAUUCGUCGGCAGCAGCGAUGGCGAUUAGAUAUCAAACAACCCUGCGGCUCCUUCUCCCUUCC